AAACUCAUCAGUAUGGAGAGGAUGAUUGUUUUCUGUAUGCUCUUCUUCUGUUCCAGUAUGGUGCUGACUGCAGCUCCACCAAAAGCAACAAAAUACAAACAGCUUGCAAAGACAAUUGACCAACUAAAAGAUGUAGUGAAAGAUAAGGAUGUUGAAUUGCUGCAUACACCAGAAAACCCUGUGGAUGGAUGCCUGCACACAGCUGUAACCUGCUUCCAGAAUGGCAUACUGAAAUUACAGCCAAAAAACAGCCAUGUAAAUGCUACAUUCAACAAAACUGUUAAGAUCUUGAGAAGACCCAUUUUCCCAGACUCUGGAGAGCAAUGUGAGUCUUCAUGUGAAUCUUAUGAGAGAAAAAAACCCCAAGAGUUUCUGAACAGUUUUUCAAAACUGAUGCAAAAGGUAAUCGAUCACAUUUGGAUCUUCCCGUCUGGUUUCGGACAUUUUGUACAUAAGCACCGAUAGCUGUAUUUUC